AUGAAGUGUCUAGAAGCUGCGAUCGCGUUGUGCUUUUUAGUACAACUGGGGGUCGGCGGUUCCGCCCGAUUAUUGGAACCAAGAUGUCUCACCACACGUGUAAUCGAAGGACUAUACAACACCGCCCCUUGGAUGGUCAGCAUAAGUGACGGAAGGGGCUACAUAUGUCAAGGCACGCUGAUUACUAGCCGCUAUGUUCUAACAGCCGCCCAUUGCGUAUCAAAUCAGAACCGAUUUUCCGUAAAGUUGGGUCUUCGAAAUGGAGUCUUUUCUUCAAGCCAAUAUGCGGUCAGCGACAAAGAGACUCAUUUUCAAUUUUCCAUGUAUAAUUAUACAAAUGAUAUUGCCCUUCUACGGCUUCAAGAAGAUGUAAUCUUCAAUGGAUUGGGAUUUUAUCCUAACGAUAAACAAAUUUGCGUUGAACAAAAUAAUAGGGACAUCUGCACCGAGGACAUUGGAGGACCAUUGGUGCGGAGAAUUACCUACGAGAGGGAGUAUGGCUUCUUGCUCUUGGGGAUCACGAGUAUCGUAAAGGACUCCUGCGAAGGGAAUAUGAUCUUUACCAACGUGAUGAGCUAUGUCGAUUGGAUUGAAUAUCAUAUUAAUCCCAGUUCUGGAGAAACUGAAAGUGAAGACAAUAAUACCAGUCCUCCUUCCCCGAAAUCGACGACUACGGAAGUACCGCAGGAGCAACCACAAUUUCUUAACAGUGAUUGUGGGGAAUAUACAAGUGGGAUCCAUCCGUGGUCCAUCCACAUCUAUGGGAAUGGGUUUAUGGCCAAGGGCACGGUUAUCACAGAUCGUUUCAUUGUGACGAAUGCCCAUAAUAUGCCUAACGAACCGAACUCAUUAGAAGUGGAUAUGGUGGAUUCAACUGGAUCAUAUGAGUUCUAUGUGGAUUUGGUGCUCAAACAUCCAGAGUAUCGGGAUGGAUAUCAGAACGAUAUUGCGUUGCUGCGCUUGACAAAACCUCUUUCAUCGACGGUGAAACCGAUUUGUCUAAUCACCAAUCCCGCAAACAACAAAAAGCUGAAAAUGAAGACUCUACUUUUAGCGAUCGCGUUGUGCCUUCUGUUUAAACAGCAUGCUGCCAGGUUCCUGGAACCAAAAUGCAUAAAUCCUUCAAAGUCAAUCGAAGCCAAAGAACUUACAGUUAGAAUACAUAAUGGCGAUGAUGCUGAGAAGGUACCUUGGAUGGCCGGCAUAUAUUCCAAAGGAAUAUUCAUUUGUGGAGGCACUCUCAUCACAAGCCAGUAUGUUUUGACGGCCGCUCACUGCGUCAAAUCAAAAGAAAAAAAAGACCUGUACGUCACUUUGGGGGUCUAUGAUAGAUCAAUUUAUACUCCGCCUUUUGAAGUCGAUGGCACCAUUUCUCAUCAUGGGUACAAUACGGAAAAUCAUAUAAAUGACAUCGCUCUGAUUCGACUUAAGCAUGAGGUGGCGUUCAAUGAUAUGGUAAGGCCCGUUUGCAUUUCUCUGGACAUGGACAAAAUUGGUCGGCAGGUGGAGACAAUCGAUAACAUGAUGGCAUUCGGUUGGGGUUUAACUGAACAAAAUAGGCUCAGCGGUACAUUACAAUCCCUGUCCCUUGACAGAUUCAAUCGUAAAAACUGCGCAGAUAAAUUUGAAAAGGAGAUCGAUAUUAAACAGAUUUGCGCCGGAAUGACAGACAAUAAAGGUGACACCUGCACCGGAGAUUCUGGUGGCCCGUUGGUGAGGAAGUUCGAAACAAACAAAAAUAAAACAGCCCACGUUCAAUUGGGGAUUGUAAGCUAUGGAGAUCCCAGGUGCAGCGGUAUUGGAGUCUAUACCAACGUUAUACAAUAUGUAGACUGGAUUGAGUAUAAAGUGGGUGGUGAUUACGAGAUCGAUAAUGAUCAAGACGAGACCAUAACAACUACUCAUAGUCCGCCAAAUACUGAGCCGCCAAUCACUGAGGCGCUAAUAACUGAGUCGGCUACGUUUCUUAAUAACGAUUGCGGAGAAUAUGAUCGUGAGACAUUUCCCUACAGGGUUGAUAUCUUUGGUCCUACCUUCACCACCAAAGGCACGAUUAUCGCCAGAGAUUUUGUUCUGACGAACGAUAAAAAUAAUCUGCAUGACUUUAAGGCAGACACAUUAGAAGUGGCUUUGUUGAAUCCAGAUGGGGCCUAUGAAGAAACCACGGUGGAAAGAGUCCAAAGAUCAAAUGGCUUAGUUUUGCUUUAUUUGAAAUACCCCCUAACCAUUUCAGUUAAACCAAUCUGCGUAGUGGUCGACAAACAAUUAAGAAACGAUAUUGCUGGCGUUAGUUUGUAUUAUGCGAACGGAGAUAAACUACUUGAACGUCUAUCGAGUAACGCGUGCGCGUCAAAAAUAGGAAGAUAUAUUGAUCCGAAUCAGUCCGAGGUCUGUGUUAGUUUCCCUCGCAAUGAUGUAGAACGGUACGCAAGUCCUGGCGAUGCUUUUGGAAUAUGGAUGGACAUGAAAAAUGAUACGUAUAAAUAUAUUUUUGCCGGAAUGGCCAGCUCCUUCACAAAUGGCGUCCAAGUUCUCACUGAUGUUGUGGCUAACACGGAUUGGAUCUUGGACACAAUGCGAAUCAUGAAAGCCACUGAUGAGGAUAUCUUCUCUUAG